UGAUAUUAGAUAAUACUCUUUCCUGGAAUGAACAUGCCGAAUAUAUUAUAGCCAAAUCCACGAAACAACUUAAUAUUCUCAAAUUCCUACGUGGUACAUGGUGGGGAGGUCACCCUAAAGUAUUGAAGCAGAGUUAUCUUUCACUAAUUAGAAGCUCUCUAGAAUAUGGACUAUUUUUAACUCACAUAAAGAACUCAAAUCUAAGAAGUAAAAUUCAAAAAAUCAAAAAUCAAGCAAUUCGAUUGGCUUUAGGCUACCGAAGAUCCACACCCAUCAAUGUUAUGCACUCAGAAUCGAAAAUACCACACUUCAAUGACCGUAUACGAUACCUUUCAGACAACUUUAUUCUGAAACUAAUAGCUCAUGAUACACCGCUAAAACAAAAAAUAGAAAAUCUUAGUAUUACAAUAGCUAACAAUGACAGACUUAAUAUUAAAAAUAAUUUUCCUAUAAUCAGAUCAUAUAAUGAAAUAAAAUCUUUAGUCCAAAACAAAAUUCAAAGACAUCUUCAUCCAAUUCCCUAUGAUUACACAUAUGAAGCAAUAGUGGAACAACCAGAUAUUAACGUAACUUCUGGACUACACAUAAAAAAAUCAGCUAACCCACCCCAAGAAUUUGAGAAAAUAUUCAACGAUACCAUAAUCACUCAGUACACAAUCUUCACUGAUGCAUCGAAAAUGAAAAAUCAAGAAUACACAGGACUGGCAAUGUUUAUCCCAUCAAAUAAUCAAGCCUACCAGUUCAAAAUACAUACAGAAGCAUCAAUCUUUACAGCUGAAGGUUUAGCAAUUUUUCUGUCGUUAAACAACAUCAUAAACUCCAAUUUCAAAAGAGCUUACAUCUUUACUGAUUCACUGAGUAUCUUGAGUGCACUGAAAGAUUAUACGCCAAAUAAAUCUAGGAACACUUCUCAUAUAAUACUUGACAUUAAAACCUUGCUAAACAAAUGUUCACAAGAAAAUAUAAAAGUCACUUUAAUUUGGAUUCCAGCACAUGUCAACAUAAAGUAUAAUGAAACAGUAGAUUCACUCGCAAAAAAUGCUAUAAAAGAUGGAACUAACACUAUCUACCUUCUACCUUUCUCAGACUUUGGUGAUAAGAUUAAACAAAAACUCAUCUUAAACACUCAACAGCUCAUAACAGAUCAAGGAACCUAUAAAGGCACACACUAUUUCGAUCACUAUUACAAAGACAACGAAGCAAAACCAUGGUUCACAAAGAUAAACCUACCAAGAGAACAUAUAACCACCAUCAACCGUAUAAGAUCAAAUCAUUACAAUCUGUCGGCAAGUCUAUUUAGGAAAAACAUAAUUCAAUCUCCAACAUGUGAAUGUGGCUAUGAAUCUGAAAACAUUGACCAUAUACUAUGGGAUUGUCCCAGAUUUUCAAAUCAAAGAUACUCACUUAUUAUCAACAAACUCAACCACUACCACUCAAAAAAAAAGAAGAAUACACCAAAAGAUACAACAUCACUGCUAAAAAAUCCAAAUGAAAAACCAGCAAGAAUAAUUACUGAAUACUUGAAACGCUGCAAUCUACAAAUUUGAACUCUAACUUGAAUUUAAAUUCAAACCAAGUUUAUGCAAGACAAUCCAAAUCUACAUUACCAUCAGUCAACCAUGCAAGGUGGCACAUCGGAGUCGCAGUCCGCUCUUGGACAGCAAUCCACAGCCAAUAACAAGAAGAAGAAGAAGAAGAAGAGAGCUCUCGAAGUUCGAUUUGUACAGAUAGUGUAAACAAAAUGGCACCACAAAGUAGCGUGGAAGAGUUAAUAACUUAUUUUAAAACUCACAAUAAAGUUCGCGAACAACAAAGUCACACGGCAAAAGUUCACAGCGUCGGGUGGAAUUGCGAUGGGAAGCUUUUGGCAUCCGGCUCAUUUGACAAAUGCGUCUGUAUAUUCUCUCUUUCGCCGGAUCGUUUGAAAUUAGAAACAACAUUCCGAGGACAUGGAGGAAGUGUUGAUCAGCUCUGUUGGCAUGCAUCGAACCCAGAACUUUUAUCAACAGCAAGUGGAGACAAAACAGUUCGAAUUUGGGAUACAAGGACACAAAAAUGUACAGCCAACAUAAGUACAAAAGGAGAAAAUAUCAAUAUCUCCUGGUCUCCAGAUGGCAAUACCAUUGCAGUGGGUAACAAAGAAGAUUUAGUCACGUUUAUAGAUGCAAGAGCUAUGAAAAUCAAAGUAGAAGAGCAAUUUAAUUUUGAAGUAAAUGAAAUAUCUUGGAACAAAGAUUCCGACACUUUUUAUCUAACAAAUGGUCAAGGUUGUGUACACAUAUUGAGCUAUCCAAGUUUGGAACUUUUACAUGUGAUAAAAGCCCAUCCAGGAACUUGUAUAUGUAUUGAAUUUGAUCCUACUGGACGCUAUUUUGCAACUGGUUCAGCAGAUGCUCUUGUUUCAUUGUGGGAUGCUGAUGAAUUGUGUUGCCUAAGAACAUUUUCUCGUUUAGACUGGCCAGUAAGAACUAUAUCAUUUUCACACGAUGGUAGGCUAUUGGCAGCUGCUUCUGAAGAUUUAGUUAUAGACAUAGGUGAAGUCGAAUCAGGUGAAAAGGUGACUGAUAUCCCUGUAGAAGCUGCCACAUUUACAGUUGCAUGGCAUCCUAAACAAUAUUUGCUUGCUUAUGCUUGUGAUGAUAAGGAUAAUUAUGAUAGGAAAAGAGAUGCUGGUAGUUUAAAAGUUUUUGGAUUUCCUAAUGAGAGUUAAUUAUAAAUAAAUUCUGAUAUUUAAUUCUAUUCAAAUAAACGAUUCCUUUUUUAAAUAAACAUAAUUAGAACUUUUUUUAAUUUAUUGAAUGACAAAAUUUUCCUAUAAAUUAAAAUUUGAUCACAUAUUGAUUUUUUUACUAAGUAUUAAGUUUUGCAUUGUCAAGAUGAAAACUGGACUCUUGUCUUGAUGAUUAUCAAAAUAAUUUCAAUAAUGUUUAUUAGUUAAAACAAAUUAAGCAGUCUUCAAUAAUUCAGUCCAGUAUUAAACAUGAAACAUAAUAAUAAGAAUAGCAAACACUUGAUUAUUUAUAUACUUUUUUGUUUUCAUUUGCCUGGUUACCAUGGUUAUACUGAGACUAUAAGGUUAGAGUCAGUCCUGAUAAUGAUUUAGUCUGCUGCUUUUAAACUUUAUAGUAUUUUUUUUUCCUUAUGGCUGUUGUACAAAGUAAAGAAAGUCAUUUUAAAUUAGAAAAUGUUUUGUCAUCUGGUGACUAUACAAAAAAUGAAGUUCAAACAAAAGUUAAUACAAGAAGAUCCAUGGAAAGUAAGAUUGCGGGUGAAGGAGAUGAAAAAAUAAAUACUUUGAAAUCAGACAUAGAAGAAGACACUGCAGAUAUUGAAUCAGCUUAUGAUGAUUCUUUUUGCUCUGACAAUUCUGAUGAUGAUUCAGAAUUAACAGGUGCAUCACAUCUGUCUUCGUUGUCUGAAAUUCCAUCAUUGCAACUCACAAGUCCCAAAACUCUUCUAAAAAAGAAAGAUUUAACAAACUUGAACAAAAAAUUUGUUUCAACUUCCAAAAUCUGGGAUGAUCCUCCGCUUACAUUACAAGACAAAGCUAAGAGUUUGAGUCUUAAUGAAGUGCGUCCCCAUAGAAGUGUACAAUUUCGACCCAACAGAAAGAACAUGAGUUUUACUAAUGAUCAAAUAAUGAAAAUUGAACGAGACAAUGAAAUUUUAUUACGAAAAAUAAUGGCGCAGCAGAAAUCACAGAAACAAAAAGUACAACCACCCCAAUCAAAAUUAAGUAGUUCUGCUAUAAAUCGAAAAAAAUUGCAGAGAAAAAUUGAAGAAGACAAUAUGGUAUGCUUAUUAGAAAUAUUUCUUUUGCUGUUCAUGCUGAAACGACUAAAACAAAAAAAAA